AUGCAUCCAGUCGCCUCUCUCGUUCUCUUCCCUCUGGCUCUCAGCCUCGGGGUCGCGGCUAUCGGCACGCCCUUCGGUAUGGGCUCCGCCACGACUGGUGGUGGCUCCGCGACAGCGCAGACACCUACUAACAAGGAUGACCUCGUCGAGUGGCUUCAGGACUCAACGCCACGUGUCAUCAUCCUCGAUCGGAUGUGGGACUUCUCGAGCGAUGAAGGGACGGAGACGUCGACUGGUUGCGCGCCUUGGGACUGUACGCCGAACCCGCAGCAGGCGUUGAAUGUCAUCAACUGGUGCAGUUCAUCCUACCCGACCGUUUCUGUCACCUACAACGUAUCUUCCACCUCACCACUCUACGUUGGGUCGAACAAGAGUAUCAUAGGCAAGGGCAAGAACUCGGGCUUCCAGGGCAAGGGCUUGUACCUUCCCAACGUCGAGAACGUCAUCAUUCAAAACAUCGUCAUCAAGGAGCUCAACCAUCACUACGUCUGGGGCGGAGACGCUAUCCAGCUUGAUGGCACGACGAACGUAUGGAUUGAUCACAACUACAUCCAACACAUCGGUCGCCAAAUGAUCGUCACGGGCUUCAACCCCAGCAAGGGGCUCACGGUCUCGAACAAUGUAUUCAAUGGCGACUCAAUCUACUCGACCGGUUGCGAUGGCUACCACUACUGGGUCGCGCUCUUUGCAGGUGACGGUGACGAGAUCACUUUCGCUCAGAACAGCGUAUACAUGACUUCCGGCCGCGGCCCACACAUCGGUGGUACUUCCGGCUACACCCAAGCCGUCCACAUCUACAACAACAACUUCGGCCCAAUCACAGGACACGCUCUGGAUCCGUACGACGGUGCCUCAGUCCUCGCCGAGGGCAACUACUUCAUCGGCGUCGAAACGCCUCUGAUCGCCGAUGGCGGAGCCGUGUACGCUCCUCUGACGUCCAGCGAUGGGAGUGCUUGUCAGAGUGCGCUCGGGAGAGCGUGCGUGGCCAAUACUCUGCUUGGGUCGGGAUCGCUGUCUGCGCUCAAUACGGCGGGUAUCAGCUCGAAGUUCAAGGGCGUCUCGCCGAUGUCUGCGUCAGAUUCGUAUAACUACGUUGCGGCAAACGCGGGGACGGGUAUAAUCAACUAA